UGUCAUCCAAUUGACUCGUCGGAGAACAUAGAUGUUGAUCAUCAUGCAUUUUGGAGAGAAAUGGAGAUUGAAACAACUUCAGACGGUCCAAAGUACACUGAGUUGGAAAAGGUUAUGGAUUUUAGUAAGACAUGGUCUGAAGAGAAAAGGAUGAUGGUUGGUAGGCUAAUGUUAUUAUCUGUUGCAAUACAUGGCAUACAUCAUGGCUCUAGGAUCCCUCUUUCAAGUGCUAAAAGGGUGUUUGAUCCAGAUGGUUUUGAAAAACAUCCUUGGUGUCGAGUGGCUUUUACUUGCUUAGUCAAUUCAGUCAAGAUUGUUGAUUUAGAUAAAGACUCUUACACGGUACAAGGAUGUGUGCAUGCUUUGUUGAUUUGGUUGUAUGAGAGUGUGCCUGGCAUUGGAAAACUGUAUGGGUUGAGAAGGUCUACGGGUACUGGCAUUCCUUUGCUUGAUUGGCAAUCAACACGGAAAGGUAUCAAGAUGAAUGAAUUGAUAAAGGAUGAGUAUUCUAAACAUGGACAGGUCCGUGUAAAGCAUAUGGUGGAUGUUUCAGAGGAUCAUAUGUAUCCUGAAUGGAGUGACGAUGAAGAGAAUAAGGAUCCAGCCCUAGACAAAUUGAUUAAUGAUAUUGUCAAUGAUUGC